AUGGUCAAGUCAACCAGCUAUUUGUUUUUCUUUAUAAGUUUUGGGAACUUCUUAUCAGUAUACUUCAUUUUUCAGAAUGACCUCCGGAAUGAUGGUAGAUCUAAACAAGACUACCGACCAAUUGAGUUGGAACUUGAUAUCGUGACACACGCCAAUGGCUCAGCAAGGGUACGGCUAGCAAACACUGACAUUCUUGUGGGUGUUAAGACAGAAAUUGAUGUACCCACAUCUAAUCGCCCAGAAGAAGGAAAAAUUGAAUUUUUUGUUGACUGUUCUGCCAACGCUACCCCUGAAUUUGAAGGCAAAGGUGGUCAAGACUUGGCAACAGAGAUAGGCAACUACUUAGGGAGUUCUUUUGCAUCUCCUUUAUCAUUUGAUCUCAAACCAUUAUGCAUACUAAAAGGAGUCCAGUGUUGGAAACUUUAUGUAGAUAUCCUGAUUCUAGAGUGUGGUGGUAACUUGUUUGAUGCUGUAUCACUCGCAGUAAAAGCGGCUUUGUAUAAUACCAUGGUUCCACGAGUUGAAACUGUUGCAAUGGAUGGUGGCAAUGUGGAUCUUCAACUUUCAGGGGAUCCAUUUGAUUGUUGGAGACUUGACAUUACAAAUAUUCCCUGUUUAGUAACUCUGACCAAGAUUGGUGAGCAUUUGAUAGUUGAUCCCACUGCUGAAGAGGAAGAAUGUAGCAUGGCAUCAUUGGUUGUAGCUGUGACAGAGAGUGGUCGGAUUAACUCACUAUGUAAAACAAGUGUGGGUAGUUUACAUCCACAAACUUUAACGGAUGCACUGAAGGUUGGUGUCGAGGUUGGAGUGGGACUCAACAAAGCUUUAAAUGAAGCACUGGGCAGGGAGGAAAAACGGCUACAAUCAAACAAACCUGAAAGAUUUGGGUUUCUGAAGUAGUACCUGCCAUUAAAUUUAUUCUAUUCCA